UACCCCCAUCUGCCACCGCCAAUAUCUCUAGAAGCAGUCUAUCAACAGCCAGCUACGGAUACAAGCGCGAACCAAACCUUUGGUUUACCAACCCACCUACAGAUCAACAGUUCAGACACCGUGAAGUCGGCACGCACCCACCAGAACCUAGAUGCACCACCUCCGCACGAAACCGCAACAGGUCAGUGGCUCCCAAGCCUGCACAACAACCCCGCCGUACUCGGCGAACAGGGCUACGUUGCACCGUCAGAUAUGGUGGAGGGGUCUUCCAACGAGUUUUGCCCCGAUUCGAGCUUCUAUCUCUACGACCAUAACGUGGAAGUAGAUGAUGAGGUCGAUGUUCACCAGUUUCCGUCAUUCGAACUUGCCUCAAAACUUCUACAACAAUAUCUCGGACAGGUCCACGGUUGGUUGCCAAUGAUACCUCAGGAUUUCGAAGGCCAGGUCCGCAGGUACUACGAGGAAUCGCAAAUGGUUCCUGCUGAAUGGCUAGCAAUGCUGAACUUGGUUUUUGCCAUUGGAUCCAGACACUAUUACCUGAUAAAUACACAGAGACAGGCAGGCGAAAACCAACGACAUGAACAUGCAUUGUACAUGUCGAGAGCUAUACAACUUCUUAGGUCUAGGAGCGCUGAUCUAUUGACCACAUCUCCUAAUUUACCUCUGGUCCAGGCGUUUGGACUUCUUUCAUUCUACCAAUUAGCAGUUGGCUACGUUGAAAGAGCAUGGGUCACGAUUGGACUUGCGCUUCGCGUCGGCAUCGCGUUGGGUAUGCACCUCAAGAACAAAGAAAAUAGUUCAUUACCUGAUAAGACUGACGAACUUUCACGCGUUUGGUGGAGUUUGCUGUCACUCCAAACGUUCUUAUGUUCUGUCACUGGCCGUCCUUCCGCCAUUCCACAAUAUGAAAUUAACACCCCAUUUCCUCGCCUUCCGGCUGAGUACCGAGAAGGACGUUCGGAAAUAGCAUUGCAACUCAACUUCAAGAUUUCCGUCGUUGCGCAGUGGGCUAUGUCGUCUCUAUACUCGGUCAGAGCAGCAACUCUUCCUUGGCCAAGCAUCCAAAAGCAGGUCGUGAAACUAAAGUCUGAACUCGAGAAGCUGCUCCCAGCAAUAUCAGACCGGGAGCGGUUGAUACUUCACUUCAGCUGGUUUGAUUCCAUGAUAUUAAUCACACGUCCCUGCCUCGGAAGGCGCAACGACAACGCAGGGCCAUCAUCCAUCGAAGCGCACAAAGUUGCCGCGGAGUGUAUUCAAGCGGCUCAAGGUGUUACACGACUGCUCCCUGACGAACCUAGCGAGCGUAUAUUCCAGAACGGGCCUUGGUGGUGCCUCUCACUGUACAUCAUGAGAGCCAUGGCUGUUCUUCUCCUAGCACAAGCCCAUCAGUCUUCUACUUCAACCAAUGACGACAUGAGCUUAAACAUGUCUACCAAGAAGCUAAUUCUGUGGCUUCGAUGGAUGCGGCCAAUGGACCCUGUCGCCGAUCGAGGCCUGAACGCAGUGUUGAACACUCUUCGCCGCUCGCAAAACCAUGCAAAUUUUGCAGAUGUCUUUGAGCAAGAAUCUGCGGAUGCAUACGGAGGUUACCUGCUUGUGCCUGGUAGAUGGGAGGUUGAUACGAGUGCAGUAUAUCCGCAAUUGCACCCUGAAUUUGAGGGGUUCGACGACCCCGACUUCCUGGAUAGCGUAUUGUCGCUGUCGUCGUUGCCUAUGCCUCCAGUAUAUGGCAGUGCGUUUGCAGUCGUAGACAGUUCGUGGGAUUGGUAAUGUGGUACUGUUGGGUUCGAUUGGUUGAGGAUCUGGGAUUUCCACAAAGUCAGUCCUUACUGGCUAGAACACUUUCUCGGAACAUCCAUAAUCCUCAUG